AUGAAUUGGAAUAUUGCCAGUGAAGUGGAAGAUUUUAUCCUGUUAGGGUUUUCUGAUUAUCCUCAGUUACAGACAGCUCUCUUUGUGGUCAUCUUGAUCUUAUAUUUACUAACCAUUUUGGGGAACACCACCAUCAUUCUGAUAUCUCAUCUGGAACCAAAACUUCAUACACCAAUGUAUUUUUUCCUUUCUCAACUCUCUUUCCUGGACCUCUGCUUUACUAGCAGUGUUAUUCCUCAGCUCCUGGUAAACUUGCAGGAUCCCAUGAAAACCAUUACCUAUGGUGGCUGCAUGGUUCAGCUCUACAUCUCUCUUGCUCUUGGAUCUACUGAGUGUGUCCUUCUGGCUGUGAUGUCCUAUGAUCGCUAUGUGGCCAUCUGCCGUCCCCUCCACUAUGCUCUCCUGAUGCAUCCUCAUCUCUGCAUGGCCCUGACAUCUUUAGCGUGGCUUAGUGGGGUGGCCACCACCCUGGUACAGUCCACUCUCACCCUGCAGCCACCUUUAUGUGGGCAUCACCGCGUGGAUCAUUUUAUCUGCGAAGUCCCUGUACUUAUCAAGUUGGCUUGUGUGGACACCACCUUCAACGAGGCUGAGCUCUUUAGGAUGGAAAAAGCCAAUGAGAGUUCUCUGAUUGGUUUUAUCCUUCUAGGAUUCUCAGACCACCCUCGCCUAGAGGCUGUGCUCUUUGUAUUUGUCCUUUUGUUCUACCUCCUGACCCUUGUGGGAAAUAUCACCAUUAUCAUCAUCUCAUACCUGGAUCCUCCUCUUCAUACCCCUAUGUACUUCUUCCUCAGCAACCUCUCCCUUCUGGACAUCUGCUUCACCACUAGCCUUGCACCUCAGACCCUAGUUAACCUGCAAGGACCAGAGAAAACCAUCACUUAUGGUGGUUGUGUGGUACAACUCUAUAUUUCUCUAGCACUGGGCUCAACCGAGUGUAUCCUCCUGGUUGUGAUGGCCUUGGAUCGCUAUGUUGCUGUUUGCAAACCUCUUCACUAUGUGGUCAUCAUGAACCCACGGCUAUGCCAGCAGCUGGCAUUUAUCUCCUGGCUCAGUGGUUUGGCCAAUUCCUUGAUUCACGCAACCUUUACUUUGCAGUUGCCCUUUUGUGGCAACCACAGGCUGGAUCAUUUUAUUUGUGAAGUACCAGCUCUCCUUAAGUUGGCUUGUGUGGAUACCACCAUCAAUGAGUUGGUGCUUUUUGUUGUUAGUAUCCUGUUUCUCCUAAUCCCCCCAGCACUCAUCCUUAUCUCCUAUGGCUUCAUAACUCAAGCAGUGCUGAGGCUCAAGUCAGUGGAGGCAAGGCACAAAGCCUUCAGCACCUGCUCUUCCCACCUUACAGUGGUGAUCAUUUUCUAUGGCACCAUAAUUUACAUGUACCUGCAACCAAGCAACAGUUAUGCUAAGGACCAAGGCAAGUUCAUCUCGCUUUUCUAUACCAUGGUGACCCCCACCUUAAAUCCUAUUAUUUACACUUUAAGAAACAAGGAUGUGAAAGAUGCUCUGAAGAAACUUCUCACAGGAAAACUCGAUUCUUCAUAUGGUUUGCAAAGCUCAUCAGCUUAUUUCUUUGGAUUCAACAACCAUCAAUAUCAAAGUAAAAAAGGUACAAUGGAAAUGACAAAUGAGACAACUGUAACUGAAUUUAUUCUAAAGGGCUUCUCAGACGUGCCUGAACUGAGGCUCAUUAGCACCGUCUUUUUCCUUUUCAUCUAUCUCUUUGCCCUCCUGGGAAACAGCUCCAUCAUUGCAGCUGUGAGCCGAGACAGCCGCCUCCACAUCCCCAUGUAUUUCUUCCUGAAGAAUCUCUCUUUCUUGGACAUGUGCUACACCACAGUCAUCAUCCCCAAGGCACUGAUUAAUUCACUCAUGGGUUCAGAACACAGCAUUUCUUACAUUGGGUGUGCUUUGCAACUUUACUUUCUGGUGGCCCUUGUGGGAACUGAAGUCUUCCUUCUCUCUGUCAUGGCUUAUGACAGGUAUGUGGCCAUCUGUUUCCCUCUUCGUUACACCCUCAUCAUUACCAAGGUUCGCUGUGUUCAGCUGACUGCUGGGACUUGGGUAGCAGGGUUUCUCAAUUCCCUUCUUCAUACAGUGUCCACAUUCCACCUUUCUUUCUGCAAGUCCAACCAAGUUAACCAGUACUACUGUGACAUCCCACCCGUGGUCGCUCUCUCGUGCUCAUCCACCUAUGUGGCAGAAAUGCUUAUUUUGGUGGAAGCAGGCAUACUGGGGAGCAGUGCCUUCCUGGUCAUCUUUAUCUCUUAUUUCUACAUCAUAUCUACCAUCCUAAAGAUCCAGUCAGCAGAAGGGAAGCCCCAGGGCAGAAGCAAAGCCUUCUCCACGUGCUCCUCGCAUCUUACAGUGGUGCUCAUCUGGUAUGGCUCUACAAUCUUCCUUCAUGUUCGCACCUCCAUUAAAGAGGCUUUGAAUCUGACCAAAGCUGUUCAUGUCUUGAACACCGUGGUAACUCCAGUUCUUAAUCCUUUCAUCUACACUCUCCGUAACAAGGAAGUAAGAGAAACUCUGCUAAAGAAAUGUAAGGGAAAAUAA